GUUGGAGGUGCUGGAGGUCCUCCACCACCACCAGGAAAGGCUGGAGGUCCACCAGCACCACCAUCUGGAGGUUUUCGAUUACAGGCAAAUACAAAAAAAUUGUCUACAAUAUUUGUUCGGUUUGCAAUAACAAUUUCUAUUUUGUUCACUGGAUAUUUUUGUGUAGAUAAUCGUAAAGAAGUCCCAUACAUGACCAUGAAGAAACUUAAGCAAGUUCAAUGGGACAAGAUUAAUUUCUUGUCUAUUAAUAAAACGUUUUGGGGACAAGGAAACAUGGAUGAUGAUGAGCUAAUUAAAUUGCUUGGGGGAGAGUCUGACGUUUUUAAUAACAUUGAGGAAUUAUUUGCUGCUUAUGAAGCUAAAGAGAGGAAAAAGGUUGAAAAGAAAGAAGAAAUUAGUGUUCUUGACCCAAAGAGAGCUUAUAAUAUUAAUUUGGCUCUCGGACGUCAAAAACACCUAACAUUUGAAGAAAUACAUCGGAAGAUCGUCGAGUUUGAUGAGUACUUCUGUAAUGAGAAUUUGCUUAAUCAAUUAAUGUUAUAUAUUCCAACACCUGAGGAGCGUGGUAAACUGUCAGUGUAUAAAGAUGGCCCUGAAGAUAUGCUCGAAAAUUUGGCUCGUGCUGAUCGAUUCUUUGUCGAGGUGAUGAAGAUUCAUCGAUAUGAACAACGCCUUAAGUUUAUGUAUUUCUACGUUACUUUUGAUGAAAAAUUCAAUGAUUUGGAACAUAGUAUUGUAUCAAUAUCGAAAGCGUCCAUAGCGCUUAAAGAAUCAAAGAAUUUUAAAGAAUUAUUAAGCUUUAUUUUAUUAAUCGGAAAUUAUAUGAAUGGAUCUGGUAACAAAGGAGGUGCUUAUGGAUUUAAGAUUCAAAGUAUCAAUAAGCUUGUGGAUACCAAGGCUGCAAAAAGUUCAUCAAUUACUUUAUUACACUUUUUGGCCGAUACAAUCGAAACGAAA